CAUCAUGACUAUGGGCAGCGGCGGGACAGGUGUUAACACAAUCAAGAUGGAAAAUCCUCCUUACUACACGACAUACACGUCUCCCGUGCCAGACCACACGCUGAUGGCUGGGACGUAUAGCACAUACAUGGAGCGAGCUGACAGCCCCCUCUCCAUGGGGCGGACACACGACCCCCACUCCCCCCUGGAGCCCCGCAGCAAGCGUGUCCGCCGGCUGAGCUCUGAGGAGGACACCCUAGACAAGACCGAGCUUGCCUACUACACCCAGUCCCCGGCGUCCCUCUCGUCCCAUACGUCCUCGUGGCACUCAGACAUCGACCACGGUGGGUUGGUGGCACCCUCCGCAGCCUCAGCGCCUCCUGCAGCCGCCUCAGUCGCAGCGUCUAGCACCUACCUCCACCCUCACACACCCCCUCACCACACCUCGCAACACACCCUCGGUCCCCCAUCGGUACACUCUCCCCACCUGGUGCACAGUGGAGGAAAAGUUACCAUAGCUGCGUCAGGUGGUCUACAGCCUGUAGUUAGAACUCCUUCUGUAGAGUCACUGUCUAGUCACGAACAGCACACACGCACCGUUGUCUCGCCACACAAUCGAGAAGUCUUGUGCCCGUCCACAGUGCUGCCCCCAAUGUCCCUAAGCAGCACUGUGAUGGCAGCGACCCCCAGCUAUUAUCACGAGGCAGCUCCAGCAUCGCCCACCAAAUACCAUGAAAACGGACAUGACACUUUCUCAGACUUUGUGACGCUCGUGUGCCAGGAGGCUCAGAAUACGCAACAUACGCAGCAAGCCUCUCCUCCCGGCGUGUCCCGCAGCCCGACCAAAAUCCAGGGAGGCUACUACACAGCAGGUACAAUGCUCCCCCCUCCACCUCCACCGCCCAUGGCACGGCCCGUUGCCAUCAUUCGCUCCACAGCUGACCUGGCCCACAGUGGUAGCGUUUCUCCGGGGCCCGUCUCCCCCCCACACUCAGCUGCUGGAAGUAGUGGGGGAGGUAAUGGAGGGUCUAUCCUUCCAGAUGUCUCGCCUCCCGACCGACGCGACGAAGGACUCAGCUCUCCGCCUCCCGCCACCUCCGCUCCGCCAGUCUCACAGAUGUUUGUGUGUGACGCUAGCUUUGGAGGUGUGCGUAUGUACCGGCAGGAUGGUCCUCUGCGCUUAGCCAUCACGAGCCGACAUGAUACCCCCCCCUCCCACACCCCCCACCACCACCACCAUCAGCACGGCCAGCUCUUCACGUACUCCAGCAUGAGUCCAGUCAGCGCCAUGUCGGGUGUCAUAUCCCCCACAAGCAUGAGCCUUUUCACGUCCCCUGGAACCACCCCGCGCACGACCCCUCGUUCCACCCCUCCUGUGCCGCGCUGGAACACCCCCUUCAUCAACCUGGACGAGAAUAUGGACUACACGACCAUGUCUACGCUGAUGCCCACGCUGCCUGCUGACGCCACCUCCGCGCAGCUCAUUGAGGAUGACCGGUACUUCACGACCGUGGUGCACAGCAGUGAGGCCUCCGUUGCUGCAGCAGCGGCAGCGGCGGCAGGGCCCCCCCCAUCAGGGAGCUCAGGGCCUCCUCCCCCUCCUCCUCCUGCCAUAGACACAAGCCCAGGGGCACACCCAGGGGCCCCCCACACGCCCACCAAGUCUCAGUCCACAUAACCAUCCACAACGCUUAGCAGGAAGGAAAGAGGGAUGGAAGGAGAGAAGGAAGGCGACCAUUCGGCCUCAGGAAAAGGAUGGGGGUCACUCAAAGAGGCUAUUGCGAAACAGUGAUAAUGCAAAUUGCAAGAGAGAAAGAAAAACAGGAAGAAAGGAAUUAAGAAAGAGAGAGAAGAUGAGAGAAUCUUUAUCGCCUGCAACAACCUACAGUACUGCUGAAUGUCUGUUCUUUGUAGGAAGGACUCUUAAUCUAUGUAAUACAUGUGCCAAAUAUGGGCCAAAAUGUUUUUAUAUAUAUAUAUAUAUACAAAGAAAGAACGUAGGCCAACAUUGAGCAAUACCUUUACCUUAUCGUGAUGCCAAGUUAUGUUAAGUAGAUAUGAAUCUGUAUCAGGCGUAGGCCUCCUCAGCCUAGAUCUGUAUGGCCAGCUCAUGCAUGAUUUUAGGUUCUUCUGCCAGCCUAGUGUAAGAGGAAUGCUGGAUGUGGAUGCCAGACAAGUAUUUACUGAAUCACAGUGCCAGCGAACAAACAUGCAAUAAGUAAUGUAAGUGCUUUAUAGCUUUCAGCAAAGCAAGUAGAGUUCAUGGUUGUGCAUUUUCAGUAUCAGAGAGGAGUUGUUUUUAUUUGUGUUCAUAUGUAAAUGUCCACGUAACAAAGAGGAUUUUAGACUGGAUGGUGAUAUUGCGAGAUCAUUUAAAUCCAACCAGGUUCUGAUGUGUUCAGUGCGAGUUCAUGUGUGGGCAAGGAUGCAGUAUUGUCCUCACAUGCAUGCAAGUUGUUCAAAAAGACUCUUAGGAGUGGAGAAGUGAUAUGUGCUGUCGUCCAUGUGUAUCUUGGGGUGUGGAGGACUCUUCAUAGUGGAGUUAUGCGUCCGAUUUGACUCAGGCUUGACAGAGGAGAGUAUGCUAGUGUAGGAUGAGUGUUCAAGCCAGAAGUCUUCAACUAGCAACAUGUUAGAAUUGGCUUAGCAGAUAACCUGAUGUGUAUAUCGUGCCAGCAUUUUUGGCAUGAGGUAGACAUGAGGUGUCUCCUUUCCUACUGAUUGUAGGUGGUGAAUUUAUCUGGCUUUGUGAUAUGCAUCCACCACGAACCCUCAUAUUUAUCGAGUGUAUAUUCUUUUCUCUUCUUUGUUCCAAAAUUUGUUAAAUGAUCUCAUGGGAUGUCGAGGAUAAGUCACUGCAGUGCAUAUGGCAUGCAAGUCUUCAUGUGCUGGCGGUGGCUUGGAGGUGAAAAAAGAUACUUAACAGUAUAUUGCCAGAGACUGACCAUUCAGUAUCCUUGACAUCUUGCCUUUUAGGUAUAGCUCCGUUAGCAGUACUGGACUAUAAAUGUGCUAUUAGGGUUAACAGUUUGAUUACUGGUGCCAUAUAUGUAUUGGUUAAGUGGGUCAAGAAUGCCAAGAGGGGGAAAGAUUCACCAUCUGUUCGCAGCCAAGAGCACUGGUUCCACAUCUUAAGUCAUCCUGGCUGUGAGUUAGGGAUAGCUCAAAUUCAUGUGCCAAAACCAUUGUCCAAAAUGCUAGGGAUUUACCACAAAUUUUUCCAGAAAGAGAGCCAAGUUCCAGUGACGAACAUUAUCUCACUCAUAGUCAAAAAGUAUCAAAUAUGGACUGAAAAGAGUAUAUGUGUUCAUUUGUAUGGGUGUGUUUGUAUGUGUUAACAUUCAUGCGUGCUUGUGUCUCUAUGUCUGCCUACAGAUCCAUGUGUGCAUGCAUGUCAGUAUAUGCAUGAAUGCACAUGCAAUGUAAGCAGAUAUGUAUGCUGAGAAGGUUGUACAUUAAGUUAAACAAGAGAACUGUGUUAGCAGAAAAGCAGUGGGUUGAUGUACAUUAUGCAAACACUGGGUGCCGCCACAGUUGUAUAGCUCUGCGUGUUCUAGUACUGUGCCUAGAGUGAUGCCUGCUAGUAUUUAGAUGUACGCAUGCUGUGAUACAUCAGGUAAUCGUAGAAUUGUAGAACCAUGACUUCCUGCGCAUAGGUAGGCCAUUUUUACAAAGCCACAGUUAGUAGAUAGUGUCUUUGGCUGUUUCUGAUGAGUGCAGCCAGGCUUAUUGUAUCUCGUAAAUGUCAGCUUCUCUGUGUAAGAGUCCUUUGUACUUUCCGUAAACACUCUAAAGGAAGUACGAAAAGACUGUGGCAGCUAGCACUGACAUUUGAAGCUAACUUUAAGCCGGCCAAAGUACCUCAAAACUACAGCCUUUGUAGCUCUUUAAGCAUAAACAGAGGAGCAUCUUGCAAGAGGAGAGUUGCUUUUGUGGCUUUUACAGGAGAAAGAAAUUGCCCUAGGUCUCUAUUCAGUGCAGAAAAUUUUAUUAUCUAAGUACUCUACUAUAUGUAGUCCAAGAUGUCAGCUUUAAUUGGAAUAUUAUUAUUUUUUUCUUGUUUUUGUUUUAUAAAAGUACAAAGACCAUAUAUUGGUUUUUAAAUGCGUUACUGUAAGAUGCCACAAGAGUCAUCUCUCACCUGCUGGGCAACCACAGCUAACAAAAGUGUCAUACGUUGCGGAACAUUAAGUCGUUCGGAUCUCGGAAUUUAAAAGAAAUAAGAGAUGUCGUCAAAUCCUAAACAUCCAUGGACAAGUCGCAACACUGUUCCACAAAGGUUUGAUGUCCAGAAAUAAAACCCAAACCUUGAACUUGGGCAGUGGAAGUACCUGCAACCUGCACGACGACAACCUUACAAGACCGAGACAGAAUAUGAUCAAUUGCCCAGUGUUUCAUAUAUUGCAUAACAAUGUUGAACAUCCUCUUUAUAAGGAUUUGAUUCAGGUUUGGUGGUAUGGUGCAUUAAUAUUAUAACACCUGCUAGAGUACUUUUGUAUACUAAUAUAUUUAGGAGAUAUGAAUUACUGAUGUAAGGUUUAACUAUUAUAUCCAUCCCAUGUUUUAAGACCAACUAACUAAUAAGGGAUUUGAGAGUAAUAGUUGUAACUUGUGUUCACUGUCAGUUGUUUCAAGACGCUUUUUUUUUUUUUAUUGAGUUCAAAUUAUCAUUGUUUAUUUAAUAUAUAAUGCUGGAUUCAUACACAGAUGGAUUGCUCGCUCUUAGUGUCAUGAUUUGUUCACAUUGGCCAUCCUAGACUGUUCACAUGAUUUGUUCACAUUGGCCAUCCUAGACUGUUCACAUGAAUGGUAUUUUAGUUAAGAUUGCUGCAUUAAAUGUAGAUAGAAACAAAUACAUAAAUUAAGCACAUGGAUAAUUCAUGUUAAUUUUCGUCAAAAAAUUAUUUGAGUGCUAAGCCCACAUCCUCUGUGAUUUUUACCAGCGUAAUUGCUUCAUAUUUUUUAAAGCUGUUUCAUUAUCUCCUAAAGAUAAAUGUGAAAAUGAUAUAAACUUUUUUUAUUUGUUAUUAUAUUUUUUUCAUUGUUUUCUGUCCCUUUAAGUGAUCAGUAAUAACUAGCAAAUGUAAAGAUAAUGCAAGCUAGAUAUUAUAUUUAUAAGUUAUAUAUUUUAUAUCUUUCUUUGUUGAUCUUCUUGUGUUUUUUUCUCUCUCUUUUUAUUUCCUUUUUUCAUAUAUACUUCUUUUGUAUAAUCCUCAGUAUCUCAUCUACUCAUUUAAAAUUAAGAUAUUUUUUUUUUCUUAAUGCAAUAAAUUUUUAUAGAUAUAACUAUACUCUGGUGGUUGUGGUGUCCCUGCCAAAGCUUGACAUCAUAGUUGAUAGUAGUACAUAAUAUUACAUUGCAGUAAGUUGUGUUUUACAUUAUGUAAUGCAAGUUACACUCAAUAUUUCAAAAGUGUACGGAAAUGCAUCAUUCUCCUGUGGUAAGCAGAAUAUAUGCAUGCAAAUAAUGGAUGGCAGAUGCCCAGCACAAACUCACUUUGCAUAAAGUUUAUUGUGACGUAAUAAAUACUCAGUAUAUAAAGUUUAAAUGCAUGAGAAGUUCUGAAAUUUAUAUUUAUUUGUUGAAAGAUGCUCCACGAAUCUCAUUCUCCUGUGCAAAAGCAAGGUGACGUUUAGCGGUAAUUUUCUAUGCAACUAGACAACGAAGCUCUUUAAAAAGGUUUGUUUCCCAGUGCCUACUGGCUCUAUUUUGAUAUUUAUGGCACAAAAAGAAUCAUAAGAAUUAUCUUGGUUGAGUAUGGGAUGAUCCUAAAAAUUUUGCUUUGGUGAGAAGAAGAAAUAAUUUUGCUAUAAUCCAGAUAGAGUGACUGUGCGUUGGCCAAUGUAUAUUAUAUAUAUGGCAACAGGUACAAAGGUGUAAAUUUAUAGCCAAAAUAUCUACUACUUAGCCAUUGAAAGUGAUUAUUAUAAUACAAACAACAAACAUAGUUGGAUAGCAAUAACAAGAUAGUGAUAAAGUGUUCUAUUGUUAAUGUUGAAGACAAUAAGAGGAAAUUAGAUUGUGUCUCUCGUGGUUUGUUAGGGAGAAAAUAGUUAUAGGUUACAAACACAGCUCAACAGCACUGUAUAUAUGGCUUCAGAAUGGGAUGCUAUUCGCCUCCUUUGAAAGAAAUGUUUUUUAUAGUAUUUAUAGACCCAUUUAUAAUGUAGACAUCCAAAUGUUUUGCGUACUAAUUUUUACCUACUACAGUACGUACCUAGCUAUGCAACAUAAAGGUUCUAGCUAAUGUAGCAAAGCUGAUAAUAAUUUCUUGUUUGGCUCCAGAUGGCUGACAGAUGUCAAUGUGUUUUUUGUUUUUUUGAAGCGUGAACAAUUUAACCAGAUCACCUAACCAUGUGACUUUUCCCAGUCCUAGUUACGUGCAUACAAGUUGCAUGUGAAAAGUGGGUUGUCACAGAAUAAUUUAUGAAAAUUUUCAUAUUGAUUACUUUAAAAUAUAUUUUAUCUUUUAUACUUACUGGUUUCUUUCACUGUCAGCCGUUAUGAGGUGCUAUAAAGGAAGUGAUUCAGUAUUGCUGCCCGUCCGCCAAAUCUGCCACGUGAUUGCUUAUUUUGAGGUUUCUGAGGGUUGUGGCAGGCCAGUUCACCCCCCCUGCAGGGUGAGGACCGUCUUAAUGGCCUGCAGCACAAACACUGAACUGCCCUCGCCACAAGCCAAACCAUCAAGCUGAAUUUGAAUCACGUAGCAAAUGUUCGUCUUCCUUGCAAUAUGAAGGAACCAUACGGUUAGCCUGAAGCAACAUUUUGUUCUUGUUAUCGCUUGUGAACUUCUUCCUGAGUUCGUUGCUGAUGGUAUGUGGCCAUGUUAAUGAUUGUAUAUAGAAAGAGUUAUGAUGUACAGGUUUAUUUUCUUUAGUUAAGUCAAGAUGUACCAUGUAUUUACUCUGUUAUCCUUGUUUGUGUGGGUUUGUUGUUCCCUCUACUGUUGAUUUUUAAGGUAACAAUAUAGAUUAGAUUGCCAUGGAAGAGGUAACAGUGUUGUCCCAGUAUAUCCAGGAAGUACAGAUACUUGUAAAACAUUUAUUUGUCGUAAACCACAUGCAGAUAAUUGUCAUCUGCCACGAACACAGAUGUCUUGAGGGAGAGAGCAUGGAAUGGGACUUCACUUGACGCCUCACAUGGUUGUCUAUGCUACAUAUGAAGUCUUUGAGUCUUGUUUGUAUCCACCAUUCAUAUCUUUUUAAAACUUCUCUUAAUUCAAGAGUUUCUCAGUCUUUUGUUGUGUAGGUAACUCAUUGCUUAAUAUUGACAAGUUUGUAUUAUGACAAACUGCAUUAUAGUGAUAAGUUUACAGUGAAAAGUGAAUUGUUAAAGCAUUGUUCCUUUUUUUUUUCUUCCUAAUAGAAAUAACAUGUUGGUUUUAGUUAAGUAUUUGCUAAAUAAGUAUGUUCUGUAAGAGUGAACUAUGUUAUAAGUAAGUUAUGGUGUUAAAAAAAAUUAAAAGAUGAGUUUGUAAAAAAGUGUCCUACAUGUAUAAUACUUAUACCCAAUUUGAGUUAGUGGCACACGAACUUGAGACACUCUGCCCUCUACCUUUGCUAAACUCUAUGAAUACUCACACAACACUAUUAUUAAGGUCUGAAUUCCCCAGAGUGAUAUCCCAUGAUGUUAAAAGAAAAUUCUCAAAUUGUUUGUAAAUUACCUGCAAAUGUCCAUUGCGUUGAAAGUUUAAAUUUCGUAUUGUGUAAUAGAUGUUAGAAGAUGAUCAAUCCUUGGUUAAAUAAGGAUGUUUUAUGCUCCUCAUUGAUCUUUAGUUUCUGGGCUUAUGCAUCCAAUUUGUUAAUUUGUGUCUUCCUGUCUUGAUGCCAAAUGAUGUGUAAAACAUGUAAAGAGCAUAAUAAAUUGUUGGGGAAUCAAAUAAAGAGGCUUUUUGAGCUUAGAUUGGCUUUGAUUGGAUAGGUGAUCAGUGCAUUGGCAACGAUUGUUAUUGGUUAAUGUGUUCCAAAGAUAGCAUGAUAUUAUAGAGAAAAUACAUUUUAUACUGUACUUAAAUAUGCAUGUUGAAUGCAAAUUCAAUCAUCUGACAGCUAGGAACUAUAGAUGACAGCUGUUUUUUUUAUUUCAUUUUUAUUUCUCACUCUUGUUAUUAGAUAUAUUUAUAUAGCUCUCUUUUCUUUUCAUGUAUCUAAACAUGUCACCAAUGAUUUAAAAAAAAAAAAAAUGUAUGAAUUAAAACAUAAUAAAGUUGAAAGAAACAUUGGGUUAUCCAUCAUGAAUUUUGCUUAGCAACUCAGAAAAUCCAUUUUUAAGUAAAAAUUAAGGUACCUGUUUUAAAUUUGAAGGAAGGAAAAAAAUGACUUCUUUUUUCAUCCAGUAUGAUCAAGUGCCGAAAGCUACCCAUUUGUUAGUUUCAUUUCAGGUGGUGAUAUAUGUGUUAGGUGAAAAGUGCAUCUCAUAUAUUCAUAUUGUUCUAAGGUCAACCUUAUAUUAAUCAUUUAAUCUAUUAUUUAUUAGCCAUUUCUUACCUCCUCUUUUCUCUAUGAUAAUGUGAUAUCUGUAAUAUUUUAGUUGCAUGAUUCACUGCAUCUUGUCUUCUGGUUUUGUCAUAGAAAGUGAUAGUUGAUUGUGUUGACGUGUUAACAGAAGUGUAAUCGUAGUUUCGUAUUUAUUUCAUGGUUUCUCUUUUUUUCAUUUUCACUGAGUACAUAGACUUCACUGGCAAAAGAAAUACAAAAAAAAGGAAAAAAGAAAAUACUCAGGUUGGCCAUAAUAUUCUGUGCAAGGAAUCAUAGCCAUCGUCAGCUGCCAUUUUUCAGAGCAAUAUUGUUUAACAUGUGAAAUUUGUUGUAGAAAGAAAUAUUUUUUAAAGUCUGUGAGAUUUAAUUGCCUAUUUAUUUUAGAAUAUUGUUGGCUGAUUAGUAAUAAAUAAAUAAAAUUAAGACUGGACUUGGACAUUUGUUCAGAUGUUAUGAAAUGUCGCUGAUCGAUGUCAUUAGAUCUUAGGGGGAAAUAAUGCUAUUAACAUUGAUCCAAAUUGUUAUUCCACACAAGUUGCAACAGUUUGCCCCACAGCUAGGCAGACUGCUUUAUGCCAGCAUUUUAUGCAAUAUGUAAUAGGAAGUGCCUCAAAACAUAGAUGUGAUUGCAGAUUAUUCUGAACAUUGCAGAACAUCCCCAUGUAUAGAUACUCUCUUGAAUGUUUAAUGAGAUUAAUAUGUACAGUUGUAUAAGAGUAUCUACAUUUGUCUCGUGUCACUCAUGGAGUUUAAAAGUAACAUGGUAAAAUAUUUUUGUGAAAUUAAACACAAAGUGUGGAGGAAUCAGAGCAUUUCUCAGAGUUCGGGUCAGGAGCUUUCUGGCCUGACGUGUUGUGUGUCAAGUGCAGGGUAGUCAUUGCUGGAGGGCUACUCGCCAGACAAAGGUAUAAAAAUUGGCCCAAGUGCUACUGCAUCUGAGGGGAAGCAAUGCUAGCAAGUCAAAUAUGUGAAAUGACAUACAGUAAUGUAGAGGGUAUGAUAGGAGAGCCAGAUUUGUCCAACCUGGUCUAAAGAAAGCUUUAAAAAGGUAGAUUCUGUAAAAUGAGUAAUGAAAUAUAGCUAACAAAUUA